AUGGUUGCGACAAAUGGAUUCACACAUGUUUUGGAUCUCAAGACCUACAAGACAACGUGGAAGAUCCGAGUCAAGAUCGUCCACACAUGGAAACAAUACACGACAUACGCGGAAGAAACUAUAGAGAUGAUUUUGGCUGAUUUCCAAGGUUCCAUCAUUCAUGCUACUAUUAAGAAGCAGCAAUUCAACAAACAUCAAAGACUUAUUGUUUUUGGUGACUGGCGAAUUAUUGAGAACUUUCAGCUGUCAAGAUCAACAGGGAAGUUACGGGCAACAAAGCAUCAAUACAAAAUGACCAUCAUGAACUCCACCAUCAUAAGCCGAUGUGAUUCUGUUUCAAAUGAUUUUUAUUUGGAUCUAGUUUCAUUCGAUAACAUACUCGCUGAAGAUGGUUUGAAUGAAAACAUUCUAAUUGAUGUUGUUGGACAUGUUGUUUUGUGUGGCGAAAUGAAAACCUCAGAGCUUAAUGACAAACCCAAAAAGAGAUUAGAGGUCAUCCUUCGAGAUACAAGUGACCAGCGUUUGUCAUGCACCCUUUGGGGGAAGUUUGCUGACAAAAUGUGGACAGCAUGUCAUGAGGCAAAUGAGGCAAUAGUCACCUGUUUGAUCCGCUGUGGAAUGAUUAACACAUACAAUGGAGAUAGAACAAUUUCAAAUGCCUUUGAUAUGUCGUUGCUGCUAAUCAAUGCCGAAGACUACCCUGCUGUUCAAGAUUUUGUAAUCAAGCUGCCACAAGAUGAUUUGAAGAUUACUUUCAGUGAAAGGAAUUGUGAUUGUCUAAAGCCUAAACAUGAGAAUGAUGAUUAG